GGUGCGUUUGACUCGCGAAGAAAACCACGUGUGUCAGAUUGUGUGUUGCAUUUUGUGCACACGCGUAUCGCGCCAACCGCUCGAGUUGGAAAAUCUGAACUCCGGCGUCAAAUCGCGCCGCGACAACCAAUCAGGAGGCUGGUGACGUGGCUCUGACCUAGGUACUGACGCGUACUGUCCCGCUAUUUUCCCACUGAUGUACAAAUACCUUUCCGCCAACAAUAUAAUGUGUUUAUUCAGAGGACAUCUGCAGGAGAAAGUGGAAGAGCCUCAGGGACACAUAUAAUAAGGAGAAGAGGACAGAGAAGGAGAAGAGGAGUGGGUCUGCAGCAGGAUCGGGGAAGAGAUGGAAGUUCUUCGCGGUCAUGGGGUUUCUGGACCCCUUCCUCACCCCGCGGGAGACUAGCGGCAAUAUGGUGCGGACUGUGGAGAACUCCCCCCCCCCCCCCCCCCGAGGACCAGGGACAGCCCGGAGAGGCAGCAGGGGAGUGUCAGUCAGAAGGACAAGGUUUACAGUGAAUUAAUGUAGGCAGUUAAUUUAUGCGUGUUGUCAUAUAGGAAUAUAUUUUGUUUAUUAAUACAACAGUAUACAGUGGUCCUGCUGUUCACCCGUCACAUUUCGCUGAUUUUUGUUAUUGCACCGUACAGCUUUCAACAAUGCGCAUUGCAUUCUGCAGCCUGAUUGACAAAUCUCCUCUGUGUCGUGUCUCCUGCGCUUGCCAAACUUAUCAUGUUUGGUUUUGAUAACCAUCACGUCCAAUAGAAAAAACAGCACAAAAACACUCAUAACUAUGACCCUCAUUCGGAGAUACACACCUGCACCGCGAGGGAAAAAGGCGCACGAAAGUGGCGCGCAGACGGAGAAAAAGCACAGCAUAAUAAAACUUCCUCCCACAUUCCUCCCACAUUUCCAGUUCAUGCGCGUCAAAAUAUGCAAUUUUGCCGCGCGAUGGAUUUUUCUUGGACACGCGUUGAGGUGCGAAUAUGCACGCGUCAAAUUAGGGGCGUUUGGGGCGUUUUCGCUCGCGCCUAUCGCGUUCGGUGUGAACACACCGUUACUCAACUCAGCUCAGGCAAACUGGCAAUCAGGCAGAUUCAUGGCAGGUGGGCACAUGAGAGGAGACGGUAUGGUUUCCAGGAGGUCCAGAGGGAGGAAAAUCCAAGCGAGCCAUGACAGGCAGGAAGGCAGGGCAAGGAGCGUGGGGUUCCAGUUGAGUGAUAUAACAGGUGUGGUUGUUCUGGUAUGUGGCUGCUGUCCUGGAGGAAUUUUCUCCAACUCCAUGGCUCUGGCUAUACAUGGGGACAUGAACCUCAGCAUCGUGAUGACUUCCUGCUCUACAAUGUUGGCUCUGGGUAUGAUGCCUCUCCUGCUCUUCAUCUACUGCCAGGGUUUCCCCAGCGUGCGGAACGCUGUCCCUUAUGGUGAAAUUAUGUUAUCGUUGGUAUUGAUCCUUGUCCCGUGCAGCGUCGGCAUCGGCAUCAAGACCUACAGGCCGCAGUACUCGAAGAGGUUCACAAAGGUAGGCAUGAUUAUAAUGCUGAUGUUUCUUGUGGGGACCUUGAUCUUAAUCGGUGUUGGAAGCGGACAUAUCAUCCUGACUAUGAUGUCUCCUUCGCUCUUCGCCAUCGCUGGUUUCAUGCCUUUGAUAGGCUACUGCUUUGGAUACGUCUUCUCUUCCAUCUUCAGACUCAUCCACAGGGAGCGGAGGACCGUUUCCAUGGAAACGGGCUGUCAGAAUGUCCCGCUGUGCACAACCAUAUUGAAGGUAGCUUUCCCUGAAGAUGUGGUGGGUCCUCUGUAUCUGUUCCCGACAGUCUACUUGGUGUUUCAGUUGUUGGAGGCGGCGAUUAUCAUCGUGCUGUUUAGGUGCUACCAAAGGUUUAAGAGAAACGAGGAAGAAACUUACCAGGCUGCUGCCACUGGAGGGGAUCUGAAAGAGUCUGAUGUGUGAUGUCAAUUACCACUGUAAACGCUAUAUUUCCCUAUUAGCAUGAACUCUUACACCAAAGGGGCUCCAAACGAACUAAACAAAAAUCCUACAGCUUACUAAACAAACAGAAAAAUGUGCAUGAUUAUUAUACCAUAUUUUUAUCUGAAACCUGUAAAUGUAUUAGUAACUUCAGUUAUAAAGCACUAAUGAAGACAAAAUACAGUUUUAAAUAAAUUUUUGAAAAAUCUGA